AUGGAUCACAGCGAGACAAACAUGGGCCGGCCGAGCGGCGUCGGCCCCGUUAGAUCGAAUACAAGCACUAGCUCAAGGUCUAGUACUCCUCUUAACCGCAGUAUCGACCAAUCUCUCCUCCAGCCCGUAGUCAGGAGCAGACGCACCCCAAUUGCAUGUACGGAAUGUCGCCGCCGUCAAGUAAAGUGUUCAGGAGGAACACCGCGCUGCGAACGCUGCGAGAAGAGGGACAUGCAGUGCGAAUACAUCCCUCUGCACCAGCAGAAAGCGACAUCUUCAGCUAACGUCGUCGCCCCGAUACCUCAAUCGCGCGCCACUUGGCCUGGAGUUGCAAACAUGUCCGUCCCGUCAAACAGAUCUGUCCAGCCUUCCCCUGCACAAUUGCACAAUUAUCAAGGUUUUGUCCCCACUGCCUCCCCUGGGCAACGAGUCGAUUUACAAAACCCGUUUGUAAUGCCAUCGCAAACACCUUCGGUCCGGCGAGGGUACAGCCAAUCAACUACGCAUUCCGCCCCCGCAUACGGAAACAUGGGCUUCGAUCAGUCCUACUUGUCGAACAUCCCUGCGACUCCUGAAGCGUCACUCGCAAUGCAUCCCACCUAUGCGCAGAGCUCUGUUGUUCCUGCCCAGUAUGAUUAUCCUGGCGUUCCGUCGUACAAUCUCUACGGCCAGGCCGGUACAAGCGGUGAAAUGGUUGCCAACAAUCCGACUUAUGACUACAGAUUGAGUGACCAGCAGCGGGGGCUCAGUGGGCAGAUGGCAGUGCCCGCCUCUCAAAGUGAAUCCUACCAAGAGCGUUACUAUCAGGGAAGUCCAGAACUCUACGACACCUCGGCUGGAAACGUAGCACCAGGACAUCCUACGUCGAGUGAUUGGAGACAUUCUGCUGAUCCGACGUAUCCUGGUUAUCAAGACCCUUCAUAUCCUUGA